AUGAAGGUGGUCUCGCUGCUUCCUCAUUAUGGCGACCUUUCGGUGGAGGACAUUCGGCCGAUUCCGACCCCCAGUAAUGAGCGGCUUGAGGUGCUAAUCCGGGUUUGGGUCCGGCGCACUUGGCGAAUCUACGCCCGCAGGGACACUAUGCGACUGGCAACGGAGAUAAUGCGGCGAGUGGAGGCUUUGAUGGGCGAGUACGCCAACCGUGGGGAGGCUCCGCAUGUACACAUUCUAUGGAUGUUUGAGAGGACCAUGCAGUCUCUAGCUCUCAACAUGAUGUGCCUACGGGCCAACGAAGAGGCUGCUCGUGCGUUGAAGGCAGAUAUCCGGAGGGACUAG